CAGGUUUUCUAGCAUCAAACUGUGUCGAUGCUGCGCAAACGUGUGUCCGUGUGUGUGUGUGUGUGUGUGGCGUCUCUUCGAACGUGAAUUAGGUUCAUUGAAAGUCCGAGCAGGUAAUGGCGAGAAACGUAACGACCUCACCUUGAGUUCGGUGAAGGCUGAGUCCGAGAGCUUGUGCAGGCCCCUACGUGACUUGACGGCUACCAGCAAGAUGUUAGUGACAGCGCUGCUGCUAGCUUUGCUGUCGCUGCUCAGUCAGAGUCUUGCGUAUGAACCUGUGAACGGCCGUGCCCUAUACGAAGAUAUGCUGAACAAAGGCUCAUUGUACGGAGACUGUUGGACCAGCGCGAUAGCGAUCGUAAAUAAUAGUUGUGCCAUUAUUCAUCCGCCUCCAGACGUCGAGGCUUACUCUACACUCGCUCUGUACAGCUGUUUCAUUGAGAAGUUCGAGAAACGACGGAUUCAGUGCGGUGACAACAAGCACACCAUUAAAUGCCCGGAGUUCCAGAAAGAACUUCGGGAUGACUUACAUCGUCAAGUGUACACCGUAUUUUUAGGAAUACGGAGGAUGUUCUGUGAACACUGGAGGGUCAAGGUAAUUGAAGCUAGCAGCAGACAAACGGAGGCGCCCUGGGAGGGCAGGACCUACAUAUAUGAUCAAGGUGAUACAACCCAGAAUAGGACCGAACAGAUAUCCGUCAAUAAAAUUUGGAUGAACAAAUGCACAGACCCAAAAAUAUGGGGCAAUCUAAUCGAAGUGAUCGCAGAACUGACCAACGAGGUGCGGAAGUUAAUGAUGACGAUUUACAAUCAAGUUUCGUAUGGUCUAAACCUGUACGUAGAAGCCUUAUGUAUGGAAGCAUGGCAGAACAUUCCCUAUAGCGUACUAAAAGAAUUAAGCAAAUUUCACGACCGUCUGAUUAUGUUCUGCAGUCCGGUUCGGAGAUGCCUGUACAUACUCUACGACGUGACAAAUAACUUACUUGAAAUUAUAGCGCUAAUCAGAAAAACUCUGCGGCCGACGAUUUGGUAUUGCACGAACUACAUAGCAAUAGGGUGGCGCCAGGCUACUGAACUUAUACGAAUUUCGGUGCCGCUCUGGAUACAGUUUCCUCAGAUCGUUCGCACCGAUGUGCGGACAUGUCCAGAAAAACCGUUUAAUAUGUCCAUGAAGACGAUAGGGCUCAUAGCAAGGUUUGAAUCAAUCGUCGCGCAUACCUGGGCCUCAGAUUUGCUUCGUAUCUUCUGGAACUAUCGGGAAGCGAAGGGUGACCCAAAUCGUAAGAUCGAUAUAAUGCUGAUAAUGCUUGUAUCUGCUAGCUACGCUUUUGAGAAUAAAGUAAUUGCCUAUUCCCUGAAGAACUGUGCAAAUGUCGGCGAAACCCAUAGCCAGGCGGUGCAGUACAUCAAGGAAAAUCACCGUGCCUCGAGAGCUCUCGUCAUCUUAUUAAUGUUGACCUUAUUGUUGUUGGAUAUCAUGUUGAGAUUACUUGGGAAUCCUGACGAGUCCACUUGCAUUAGCCCGGGCAGUCCCAUUGUGCGCGAAAGCAUACCCACUUCAACAACUGCCGCCGAUGACACACCAGCCAAGAAUACUUCGCCUCCUGAAGAAAACUAAAUUACCUGAUUAUCCAACGCUAACCUCGGAAGGGUCCAUCUAACCUGUACUCUUUUACGCUGUCGGUCGCCGACCUAGCAGUUUUGGAUCCUUUCAGCAUUGCACUCGGUCCAAUAUUAGUGUGAAUCAAGAUUAUUUUAAUAAAAUCAACUGGCGGUAAUCAU